AUGACACUGAAGUCAGAAACGUCACUUAAAUCUGUCAAUGUCAAGUUGGAGGGAAUUGCCAAGACAGUCAUUCAAGUAACUGAGGAGGUUAACGACAGAGGUAAAAAGAGAGAAACAAAAACUCGUGACGAGAUUGAGAUACACCAUGUAUUGUACAAGACUCAAACCGUGUUUCCGCCCGAAGACGUGCGUAAAUCAAGCACUUCAAACCAGUUCACUCUUCCUCCUGGGUCAUAUACAUAUGCAUUUAGAUUCAAGAUCCCUGUCAAUUCAGAUUGCAGGCAGAAUGCAGCUAGCAGCGCUUCUAACUCCUGGGGUAAUGGGUCGAAUGGAUGGACUCCAGGCGGUCCAGGCGGGUCCUUUGCUGGUGGAGCAUUCAGCUCAAUAGCUAAUGGGAGAAUAGGAAGUUCAAUCAGCAAUUCUAUUAAUAACGUCGCUGGUCCAGGGAACAAGCUGCUUGUUACUGGUCGUGGCAUAGAUAUCGCACGAGCCCCUUCAUUACAAUCUCAUGACGGUGGUGUCCUGCCGCCAUCACUGUCAGGCAUUGAAAAUUCUGCUUCUAUCAAAUAUUUUGUCAAGGUAACAGUAGUACGUGCAUCGAUGUUGAAAAUGAAUACUCGAUCGCAUAAACCAUUUAUUUUCCUGCCACUGGACCCUCCAAGAUUGUAUGACUCCAGCAAAAUGGCAUUCGUCAGACGACAGAUUACAGUAGGCACAUCUGUAACAUCUCCAGGUGGCAGCAAAGGACGUAGUACCAGUAGUAGUGGAGGCGGCGGUUUCUUCUCUUCACUACUGUCAAGCCAGAAAGUAUCGUCAUUUAUGGGAGUCAAUACCUGGCCCGGAGAGACUCUAUCGUUUACUUUUGAAAUGAGGUUCCCAAGUGUUGGCACAUUUGUUCCUCUUCGCCCACUUCCUAUUGAGCUUUAUGCGCUGUUUCCAGCAAACCCUACAACUAUGACGGAGCGUAAAGCUAUCUAUAUUUCGUCGUUUAGUGUAUUCCUAUAUGCUAGAACAUUUAUUAGAGCUCACGAACACAACAAAGAAAUCCCACUUCAACUGAAUGUAUGUGAUAAGAAGAACCUGCGUCUUGCUGUAUCCCUUGCUGAUGCUCAACCUGUGACGAGAAAUGGACAAACGGUGUUUGAACUGAGACUGCCGAGCGACCUGCUUAAUGGCGUACAGUUCCCAAGUUAUGUGUCUCCCACUUUUACCACCUGUAAUAUUGCUCGUAAUUAUAGCAUUGGAGUGGAGAUGGGCUUCUACUGUGUCCAGGGUAUCCCUGUAGACCACGUCGGUCUCCUUAGCGACAUCAUUGUGCGCUCAGGUGUCAGUGCUCCUUCCGAAAACACUUCGUCUGCACUGCCGCCACCACCACCAUCGAGACCGGUGCAAUCGGAUCCACCACCUGAAAAAUUGAAGUAUCAUACAAAUGCCGAAGACACACAGGAAAAUGGCGAACUUCCCAGUUACAACGAAGUAGUGGCGGCAACUGUGGGCACGUCUUCUAGCACCCAGCCGGAGCCACGACGGAAGUUCGAACAGGCCCCUGACUACUACAAAAUCAGCAAGGAGUAG